GGUGCGCGGGGAGACCGCCCCCCUGGGGUCCUCGGCUUGCAGUGAGGAUGCGCCCGAACUACAUCAUCUUGUAUUAUUUGCUCCAAAAAAAAAAGAGUACCAGCGUCAGGAGGGCCACACUCUCAAUCAUCCUCCAGACACCUGCUCGGUCGGACCGACUCUUUUCUCCGUCCCUGGCCUCUCCCGUUUGACACUUCGAAUGCCAUCUCUUGGCCUGCCGGCCCUCAGAUGUCUGUAUUCAUCCCUUUAUUUUGUCUGGAACGCUAGAUGCUUACCUUCAGCUCUGGCUGGAGUGUGGUUGCCGCCUUUGGAAUGUCUAAUCGGCCUCCCAGCGUGUCCAGAACUAAUUCUGCGUUUCGGCCUUGACGUCCUGCUGUGCCAUGGCCCUCGUGUCUGCCGACUCCCGCAUUGCAGAGCUGCUCACUGAGCUCCAUCAGCUCAUCAAGCAGACACAGGAAGAGCGCUCAAGGAGCGAGCACAACUUGGUGAACAUCCAGAAGACGCACGAGCGGAUGCAGACGGAGAACAAGAUUUCUCCCUAUUACCGGACCAAGCUACGGGGCCUCUACACAACCGCCAAGGCUGACGCGGAGGCUGAAUGCAACAUCCUCCGGAAAGCCCUAGAUAAGAUCGCCGAGAUCAAGUCUCUGUUGGAAGAGAGGCGGAUUGCGGCCAAGAUUGCGGGCCUGUACAGUGACUCAGAGCCCCCCAGGAAGACCAUGCGCAGAGGCGUGCUGAUGACCCUGCUCCAGCAGUCAGCCAUGACGCUGCCCCUGUGGAUCGGGAAGCCUGGUGACAAGCCCCCGCCCCUAUGCGGGGCCAUUCCGGCCUCCGGGGACUAUGUGGCCAAGCCUGGAGAUAAGGUGGCUGCGCGGGUCAAAGCCGUGGACGGCGAUGAGCAGUGGAUCCUGGCUGAGGUCGUCAGUUACAGCCAUGCCACUAACAAGUACGAGGUAGACGACAUUGAUGAAGAAGGCAAGGAGAGACACACCCUGAGCAGGCGGCGAAUCAUCCCGCUGCCCCAGUGGAAGGCCAACCCUGAGACGGACCCCGAAGCCUUGUUCCAGAAGGAGCAGCUUGUGCUGGCCCUUUAUCCCCAGACCACCUGCUUCUACCGUGCCCUGAUCCACACGCCCCCACAGCGGCCACAGGACGACUACUCGGUCCUGUUUGAAGACACCUCCUACGCAGAUGGCUACUCCCCUCCGCUCAACGUGGCCCAGAGGUACGUGGUGGCCUGUAAGGAGCCCAAGAAAAAGUGACGCUGCGGCAGACCCACCCGGUGCAGCCGCCCUCCCUGGGGAAGCUACCGUGGAUGUUCUGUGACCCAAUAAACCUUCCCCAGUGCA